CCAAGGAGGUAGGCCCCGCGGCCCAAGUCAAAGUAAGCCAGAAGCAGCAGCGAAGCUUCGUUGGACUCUCCGCCGUUGACAGCGGCGGCCGGCGAGCCACCACCCACCCGCUCCGCUCCAGGCCCGCGUUUGAUUGGAAUCGUUUAGGUGAGCGGCGCUGUAGCUGCUACAGCAACCGCUCCGCCUCCGCGCCAUUAAUACGCAGUUCGGCGCACUACACCUGUGACUGGAGAAGGCAGAGACCGAUCCCCUCCCCUCUCCUCCACCUCCAGAAGCUUCGGCCAUGGCCCACGACGAGGACGAUGCUGCGAGCCUCCCGCCGCCCGCGAAGAAGAAGUCCCCCGCCGAGGAGGAGGCCGAGAAGAGGAGGAAGAAGCUUACCCCUGGGAGCUUGAUGAAGGCCGUUAUCCGGUCGGGGAGUGGCGAUGCAACCCCUGCGGAGGGUGAUCAGGUCGUACUUCAUUGCACUACUCGGACCAUUGAUGGUAUUGUCGUCAAUUCUACAAGAAGGGAGCAUGGAGGUAAAGGAAUCCCACUAAGAUUUGUCUUAGGGAAGAGCAAAAUGAUCCUUGGCUUUGCUGAAGGCUUUCCAACAAUGCUGAAGGGUGAAAUUGCUAUGUUCAAAAUGAAGCCUCAGAUUCACUAUGCGGAGGAUGAUUGCCCAGUUACAGCUCCAGAUGGUUUUCCAAAAGACGAUGAACUUCAAUUUGAGAUUGAAAUGUUGGAUUUCUUUAAAGCCAAGGUUGUGGCUGAGGAUUUAGGGGUUGUAAAGAAGAUAGUCGAGGAAGGCAAGGGAUGGGAAACACCUAGAGAACCAUAUGAAGUGACAGCGCGGAUAACUGCAAGAACAGCAGAUGGAAAAGAAAUUCUUUCCAGUAAAGAAGAGUCAUACUUCUUUACUUUCGGUAAAUCUCAGGUACCAAAAGGGCUUGAGUUGGGAACUGGAACAAUGGUACGCAGGGAAAAGGCAAUUAUUUUUGUUAGCAGUACCUAUUUGACAAAGUCCUCACUAAUGCCACAACUUGAAGGUCUCGAAGAAGUUCAUUUUGAAGUUGAACUUGUUCAGUUUGUUCAGGUGAGAGACAUGCUUGGUGAUGGUCGCCUCAUAAAACGUCGUGUAGUUGAUGGAAGUGGUGAAUUUCCUAUGGACUGCCCUCUUCACGAUAGCUUGUUAAGAGUGCAUUACAAGGGCAUGCUACUUGAUGAACCAAAGUCAGUAUUUUAUGAUACACGAGUUGAUAAUGAUGGUGAACCAUUGGAGUUCUGUUCCGGAGAAGGCCUGGUUCCAGAAGGGUUUGAAAUGUGUGUUCGAUUAAUGCUUCCUGGUGAAAAAUCUGUUGUCACCUGCCCUCCGGAUUUUGCAUAUGAUAAAUUUCCAAGGCCAGCAAAUGUUCCUGAAGGAGCCCAUGUUCAGUGGGAAAUUGAACUACUGGGAUUUGAGAUGCCCAAGGAUUGGGCUGGCUUGACUUUCAAAGAAAUCAUGGAUGACGCAGAUAGUAUAAAGAACACGGGUAACAGACUGUUUAAAGAAGAAAAAUUUGAACUUGCAAAGGCGAAAUAUGAGAAGGUUCUUAGGGAGUAUAACCACGUGCAUCCUCAAGAUGAUGAAGAGGGGAAAAUCUUUGCAAAUUCAAGAAGUUCUCUACAUCUAAAUGUAGCUGCUUGCUACCAGAAGAUGGGCGAGUACAGAAAAUCCAUCGAAACGUGCAAUAAGGUGCUGGAUGCUAAUCCUGUGCAUGUGAAAGCUCUUUAUCGCCGAGGGACAUCUUACAUGUUACUUGGGGACUUCGAUGAUGCAAAGAAUGAUUUUGAGAAGAUGAUAACCGUUGACAAGUCCUCAGAACCAGAUGCAACAGCUGGCCUUCUUAAACUGAAACAGAAGGAACAGGAAACUGAAAAGAAGGCGAGGAAGCAAUUUAAAGGACUCUUUGACAAGAAGCCAGGAGAGAUUUCUGAAGUUGGCGUAGAAUCAGAGGAUGGAAAGAAUGUGGACGAAACAAAAGGAUCUGAUGAGACAAGUGCUGAUAGAGAUGCUAGUGCAAAGGACAAUUCGCAUGGAGAGUCAGAAUAUGCUUUUGAGGAAGAGAGGCCUGGACUCCUUGGUCGCUUAUGGCCUUCUGCGAGGAGGGUUUUCUCGUCUCUUGGCAUGAACAGGUGCACAAUACUCUGAGGUGCAAGUGCAUUUUGCUACAGCGAUAACCAGAAUCAUUGCAGUAAACAGGAGUUGUUUUGAGCUUUCUGACGUUUAGAGUACUUGAUGAUGCUUACCUGAUACCAAAUUAUUUGGUUUGGAUGUAUGGAAAAUGAACCAUGUGUUGUAAACUACAACUGAUGUAAAUGAGAAGUGAUGAGGACGUUUCGGCCAUUCUUUAGAAGUAGUGAAAAUUGGCAUCUGUUUUGGUGAUGCAUUUGUUGA